CACACUCAAUGAUUGUUAAUGUUGUGAUUGACAUGUAAACAUCACCGGUGCAAAUGUUAUUUAUUUACAUAUAUUUUUGUGUUUUUUUUGUUCUUAAAGCACCAGUAGUCAUUUAGGAAGAAGAAGAAGAUAUUUUUGUUUGCUAUUAACAAUGUUGCAGCAAUCAAAAAUAGACUUCUUCUUCCCUACACUGAAAGGAAGUAAAAGUGCUGAUUCCAAAGGAAAGCAAAAAAAAUUGGUUUCCAAUCAAAAAAAUACCAAUUCUCAAAAUAAGUCUAUAAAAAUGUCUGCAGAGUUAAAACGCAAAGCGUCACUAACUAACGAGAAUGUGCGUAAAAUUCCAAAAGUCGAAUCACCAACAAAACUUGUAAAAAUUUAUCCUUCGCCAUUAGGAAGAAAUUCUCAGUCCAAUCAGAAUUCACCACAAAAAUCAAAUUCAUUCACACGUUCAGAAAGUAGUGAAAGUCUUCGAAUCGGUUCGUUUACACCAAAAAAGUCACCACGUUCCUCGGGGAAUUCAAGACAGGCGGGAAAAAUUAGUCCACGAAAACUCUUUAACGAUACGGAAAUUCCAGAAUUGACGAGAAAUGUAGUUGAAAAUUUGAAUCUAGUAAAACAGGGAGGCAUUGGUCCGAAUGAUUUUGAUUUGGAAAGAAUCUACGACUCGAGAACUUAUAAUGUUCAAUAUAACAGUUUGAAGACUGACAUUGAUGAUAAAUAUGAGGUGAAGGAUGUUAUUUUCCCUAGGGAAACUCAUGCGGAUCAUUUAUUUUCAAUUGUUACUGAUGUUUUCUCAAGUGUUAUAAAUUGUGGAUAUUUUGACGAGCAGGAAGUGGAUCUUGUAUUUUCCUGUCUGAGUAUGUCGGCGAAAGCACAAAUGCUAUUAGCUCGAUUGCUCAAGAGGAAACGAACUUGGUAUCGAAAUAAUGUUCUCCAGUAUCCGGAAAUUGACAAGGAUUUGAAUCCGUAUAUGAAGGAAUUGGUCAAUAACGGUCUUUGUGAAUCGAAGACCGACGAUGAAGAUGUGGAGAAUCUUUUAAAAAUGCUAAAAGUAGACGAAAUUCGUGCGCUGUGUGUAAAAAUGAAAGUAGAUCAUCGUGGAUCAAAGGCUACUAUGAUGGAGAAAUUACUACUUUUGAAAAAUAAUCGAAAAUCAUGGUUCAUUGGAGCAAAAUGUCCAAGUUUGAUGCUAAGAUCAGUAAUUAAUGAAGCUUUAGGUGCAUGCACGAAGUUAUCGAAAAAAGCAGUUUGUAUAUUUGAUAGAAUAUUAGUUCUAUUGUAUCCAUGUCAAGAUCCAGCGGAAAGUAUUUCGGAUUUGUUCUUUUUGCUGACGAAGAUUAAAAUUGGCGAAGUUAUGUAUCCAACAACACCGAAAGAACGCUAUCCUAUUUUUAAAAAUAGAGAACAACUUCUAAGGUAUGUUGAGGCGCUGAACGCUUUAAAGGCAUUAAUCGAAUCCACAGAAAAUAAAGACUGGAACUCAGUGAGAGAAAUUGGACACGAAGCUUUUAAUCGUCUGCUUCCUCAUUUAGAAAACGGAUCAGAAGAAGAAAAUAGUACUCUUCCAUCGCAUGUGAAGAAAUACUCACCACUCAGUGUUUGGACAAAAGUUCUAUCGAAGAGCAUUGACGCCUUUAAGAAAACUCCUGAGACGAUAGAAUUUGCUGUUAAGUAUUUAAGGGCCCUGAUUGAUCAGAAUAAAUAUGGGAAAUCGUACCUCGGACGUUGGUACAAGGAACUUACGCUAAUUGAAAUGCAUCACAGAAAGGAUUUACAAACAUGUGCCACUUUAACUUUACAUGCUCUAACAUUGGAAAAUUUGACUGAAGUCGACGUUAAGGAAUUGCUCGAAAGGGCCAAAAAAUUAUCACGAAGAAAAACGGGAAUUACGAAGGAGACGAAAAAAUUAAUUUGCCAUAUUUUAGAAACCGUUGAAGAAAGACUUCCCUGUGAAUUUGACGUUGUUAAUGAAAUCGAAGCUCAUAUGGUGCAAGGGAAUGUUACUGGUUCGAAAAGUACUUGGAAAGUCGAUAUAGGUGAAGAUAAAGCAUUCACGAAAGUUGAGAACAUUGCUCUUAGGCAUUAUCAUGAAAAUGGAUUUAUACGCGGAUUUCAUUGCGAGGGUUCUUUGCCUUUGAGUUUGUUCAAUAUUUUAUUCUGGAAUGAGUUGUACACAAUUUCAGUUCCUGGAGCUUUUGUCUGUUCAUAUCAAGAGACGCCAUUGGAUUUAUUUACUUCGAAAUUUUUCGAUAACAGAAAAGAACAAAUUGAGGAUAAAAUUCGAUUUAUUAGAGGACUUGAUAAUGAGACAUUCGGUGAAUUAUUCAGCGAUGAGUACAUUAAAUAUCAGAAUUUUCAAACUAUGAUUUCUACUAAUCUUUUCGAGACUGAACAACAUGUUAAGGAAGUGGCAAUGUGCCUUGGAGCAACUGGCAUCGCCGGAAUCUGCGAGAAACUAGCGACUAAUUUUCUUCUCUGGAGAUCUGGAUUUCCCGAUUUGUUCGUGUGGAAUCCAUUAUCAAAUGAGUGCAAAAUUGUGGAAGUAAAGGGACCUGGCGAUUCCCUAAGUUGUAAGCAGAAAUUAUGGUUGCAGUACUUGCAGCAAAUUGGACUGAGAGCAGAAGUCUGUAUUGUGAAAGACAAGAAGAAAAGUGGAAGUGCUUAUUAAAUCUAAAUUAAAAAUUACUAUUUAAAGAAUUGACUUGUAUUUUUUGCAUGAAAUUGUCUUUUUUAUUCGAAUGUAUUUUUCGUUUUGUUUGAAUGUUUUUCGUUCCACAAUUCAUUAUAUUUUUUUAAAAAUACUCCAACUUUACCGUUUUGAAAUAAAGUUCUAUGUUCAAUAA